UGAGAAUCAAGGUAUUCGUGUCCCCAAAAUGAUAAUAUAGUAGAAACCCAGGAAUAAUAGUAAUAAUUCUAUUUUGGAUCUUCAUUCAAGGUGAAGAGUAAUGCCACGUCAUUUGUAAACAGGGAACUCGACUUUAAAUAGAUAGUAUACACAAGAUAAUAUAUCGAUUUCACGACAACACUUCGAUAUACAUCUAUUGCAUAAUAAGAUUUGUGGUAACGUCGGCUUUGAGAUGCGAUUCAUUUUCUACCUUUUUGGAAUUUUGAGUUUAUCAGAAUGUGCGAAAAUUCUUGGAAUCUUUCCGUUGAACGGACAGAGCCACUACAGGGCUGGUUUGGCGAUGAUGAAAAUUUUAGCCGCUAGAGGACACCACGUGACGAUGGUCAGCCCGUUCAGGUUGAAAAAUCCACCCACGAAUUGGAGAGAUGUGGUUCUGGAGCCAAAGGAUGAGCAAAAAAUGGACUUCUUCAACUUCAACCUCCACCCUUAUCUUCAAGCGUACGUUUUCAGCUCCCUAGGCCCUGUUAUCAUGAACUCUACGCUAUCUCACCCCGUGUUUAAAGAAUUCCUGAAAACGAAGGAGAAGUUCGAUGUUAUCAUCCUGGAGCAAUUUUAUAGCGAUGGUCUUAAAUAUAUGGGUACAUACUUCGACGCACCUCUGAUCCUCUACUCAGCACAAGGUGCAAAUUCCUGGACUAAUCCCACCGUUGGAAAUCCUGCACCACCUUCUUACGUUGCUGACUUGGUGCUCCCUUACUCCAACGAGAUGAACUUCUUCCAGAGGAUGGACAACGCUAUCCUGUAUCUCGUCACUGAAACUGUCAGGUAUUUCAUCGCUCUGCCUGCUCAUGAUAAGAUCAUCAAGAAACAUUUCCCUGGAGCACCAGAUAUUUCAGAAUAUUAUAACAAUGUGUCUCUCGUACUUCUAAAUGGGGACACUAGUGUGAACGAAGCUAUUCCUAAGGUCCCUAGCAUGGUGGAUAUUGGAGGGUUUCAUCUGAGCCCAGCGAAGCCUCUUCCUGCUGAUCUUCAAAAAAUAUUGGACGAAGCCAAGCAUGGCGUGGUUUACUUCAGCAUGGGUUCAAAUAUUCGAAGCGCAGAUAUGCCCAAGGAAAAGAUUGACAUGUUCAAUAGCGUCUUUUCUUCCUUGAAGCAGACCGUCCUCUGGAAAUGGGAGGAUGAGAAUCUUCCUGGGAAACCAGACAAUAUAAUAAUUAGAAAAUGGUUACCGCAGAACGACAUAUUGGCUCACAAAAACGUUAAGCUCUUCAUAACACAUGGAGGUAUUUUCAGUAUUAUGGAAGCAGUGAACAACGGUGUACCAUUAUUGGCUUUUCCAAUCUUUGGGGAUCAGAUGCUGAACGCGAAGAGGGCAACAGCUUUUGGCUUCGCCAGAUGGUUGAAAUUUAGAGAAACCACGGUGGAAACUCUCAAAUCUGAGUUGGAUGAAAUUUUAACUAAGCCGAAGUAUAUGGAGAAUGCUAUGAAGAGAUCCAGAUUAAUGAAGGACAAUCCAUUGUCAGCUCAAGAGAGAUUGGUAUUUUGGGUCGAAUACGUGAUAAGAAAUAAAGGAGCAGAUCAUUUAAAAGUAGCUGCAUUGAAACUCAACCUGUUUCAGUAUCUACUCCUGGAUAUUAUCUUAUUCGUUUCAGUUUUAUCCAUUUCUUUAAUUGUUUUCCUUAAAUAUGCAUUAUGUUAUUUAUUAAGGUUACGUGGAAAACAGAGUAGUAAAACGAAAUCCGAGUAAUAUGUGAAUAUUUUGAAUAUGCAAUGAGAAAUAAAACAUGGAAAUAC